AUGGAUUUGCAUUUGAAGAGUCUGUUCAAUAGAUUUCAGGAGCAGUUUGGGUCUGGUCCUGGUCUUGGUCCUGGAUCUGGGACGUGCAUGAUGAAAGUGGAUGGCAUUACUCCAAAUUUCAUUAAAUCUGUAUACAAAGCUUCUGCAGCUUUGUAUAGAACUGAGCCGUGGAAGAGGCUGCGUCCGAACCACUUGUUUGGCAUCCGGGUUGGGAAAGAUUCGGAUUGGCCUGGCAAGAAACAGCCUUUUCCAUGUGUGCAGUUCAUUGGAGGGGAUGGAGGGGAUGUUGGAUUCUACAUGUUUAGAUCAGAGAAUGAUGCUAAGAAAAUGACUGGGUCUAGAGAGAGCAUUCAUGUUCCAAAUGUUGAACUUCUGAGGGUAACAUACGAAGUGGAGUCUUUGAUGUUCCCUUCCAACCGCAAGAUGAUUAAGUCUUUGUCACUGGAAGCAUCAGGAUCAGAUCGAUUUCCUGUUAUUGAUGUAGCUCGAUGCCCUCCUUCUGGGGAUCUUCGAUUUAGAAAUCCAACCCUUGAAGAGCUUAGGUUUGUUUAUGCAUUCAUGAAAGCCAUUUCCCUGGUGCACUCCUUACUUCAGGUUGACAAAGAAAGUGGUCCAAAGUAUUCCACAGUGGUUUGUUUUGAACCUUUUAUAGAGACUGUUGAUGUUCAGUGGCCUCCAGAAUUGGCCAAGGCGGGUUAUGACCUUGUUGCUGUUACUGUUUCCCACCCGCCGGGUCAGGCAUAUGAAGAAAGAUCUAAUAGUGCUAGUGCUGGCUCGACUCCCACCAAGUAUGUAGAACCACCUAGGGAGGACACUUUCAAUGACACAAAAGCAUACUUAGGUACUGGUUUGAGACAGUGUACAAUGUGUGAGAAAGAAGUGCACGGAGAACAGUCUCUUUGCUGUGGGCGGUGUAGAGCAGUUGUUUACUGCAGUUCAAUCUGCCAGAAGCAGCAUUGGAACGACACGCAUAAAAGCAUGUGUGGACUUUACAAGGCCAUGAUGGAGAGGGAAGAAGAGCUGGUUAUAAUGAUCUUCUUGUUCCCAUGUUCUGCUGAUCAGCCUUGUGAGUGGCUUGAAUCAUUAGGAAUCCACCAGAAGGGUAUGUGGAGAAGAAAGUGCAGUUGUUAUUCACAUUACCCUUUUGGUCUCCUUCCUGUGAAAGGUGGGCUGCAGGACCUCUGGGGUGGAAUUGAUGAAUUUGAAUACCCUCAUGACUCUCCAUUUAAUAACCAUUUCAUCUCAAGUCCAUUUCUUCUCUCUGGUUGGUCUGAGUACUACAACCUUCGCUCAAUUCCACUGUCAAGUCCUGUUGCCGACAUUCUCUCGCAUCCAUUGACUGUGUAUCACAUACUAACUACUCUUAAUAUAAGUUCAAAGAACCUAAUACUGAAAGGGAAAGAGGUGAUUGUCCAUUACCUUGGACCUGAAGGUGAGUUGGAUUGGAUCCCAGCAUUUGCAGAAGUAGGACACUUGCUUAAUGGAUUUGGCAAUGUACAAAUAGUGAUGGUGGGACCAGAAGUUCCAACGAAUUUAUUAGGUACAACCUCAGGAAUUGGUAGCAGAGUUAGAGUGAAUCUUGUAAGGGGUGUUUAUCAGGUGGAAGCCUCCUACUUAACUUCUCCACACGUUGUCAUUGCUCUCAAUUCUAGAUUAGAUAGCUAUUCUAGUUGGGUUGGAGCUAUUGAUUUAAUCAAAUCAUUGGGAGUGCCUGCUUUCUUCACUGAUCAAUCUGAAGUUUCAUGUGUAAAUGCUAAACAAGUCCUUCGUAAUGCUGGACUGCACAUCACGCUUCCGGUGACUCCAAAUCCUUUCCGGUCACCUGUGAAAAAUCUCAACGCUUCUAUCAAUCUUCCUUCAUACAGCAAUGGUUUUGUCUUUGGGGUGAAUACUUGA